AUGGGCAAAGCUAAAAGCCUUGAUUCAACUGUUCGGGCCCAGGUGGUGGCUUUAAAGGAAAUUAGUAGCUUAAGCCUAAAUGAUAUAGCCAAAAAAUUGGAAAAAAGUCGCCAUGCUGUGCAAAAUGCAUAUAAGAAACAUUUGGAAUCAAAUACAUUCACGGACAAACCCAGAUGUGGCCGUCCUAGAAUGUCAACUUUACGUCAAGAUAGAACCUUAAAACGCCUGGCCAUAACAAAUUGUCGCCUUUCUUUCAAAGUUUUGUCUCGACAGUGGCAUGAUGUUGGUAGACCUUUAAUAUCUCUAAAAUCUGUUCGUCGUCGUUUUAAUAAAUAA